GAAUUAUGUAAAAAACAACAUGGCUGCGCUUCGGAGUUGUGGUCAAGGAGUUUUGCAAAAUCGAACGCCUUUUAACAAUAUAUUGAAACAGUAUGACGUUUUGACAGGAACAGUACAUAAAACCACCAAACUCCCUCUGCUUGCAAAGCAUUUUUCAACGAAGCACAAUUCAGGGUUCAGAAAUAAAUGGAAGUUUUGGUCUUGCAUAAUAGGAACUGGGGCAUUAGGGUCGAUGUAUUUGUUAAAUUCGCAGAAGCUUGUAUUGAAUGCCGAUUAUCCAGGACAAUCUAUAGUGCCAACGAAACAGGUCCGAUUUGACGAAGACAAGACGGAAUUGAAGUUGACACUAUUCCAGUUUGUCACCUGUCCCUUCUGUUGUAAAGUUCGAGCCAUGCUGAACUACAAUGGAAUAUCACAUGAUGUGGUAGAGGUGAAUUCCAUCACAAGAACCCAGAUCAAGUGGUCAAAAUACAAGAAAGUUCCCAUAAUUGUCAUACAGGGAGUUGGCGAGGAGGGAUAUUUGCAAGUGAAUGACUCAUCUGUAAUAAUGAGUGUAUUGGAGAGCUACCUGUUUGACAAGACAGUUCCAUUGGACAAACUUCUGACAUACUACCCUGCCAUUGAAAAAAAGACUGGCGGUCGAUUCAUAAGUCGAACAGUCCAGGACUUCCCCAACAGGAAUUUUCUGAUGUUUCAGGAGCAUAUAUCAGACAAGAGAUCCCCAGAGGAUAGAGCGGAGGAGAGGAAGAUGAGGAAUUGGGUGGACACUGUCUUUGUUCAUCUGAUUUCCCCCAAUGUCUAUCGCACACCCCAAGAGUCUCUGGAUACAUUUAACUGGUUCUCACAAGCCGGAGAUUGGGAAACCAACUUUUCGAAUUUCCAGAAAAACACCAUCAUUUAUAUCGGAGCUUUUGUGAUGUACCUAGUGGGGAAAAAACUGAAGAAAAAGCACCAUCUCCAGGAUGAUGUUCGAAUGUCACUGUAUGAAGGUGGCGACACCUGGAUCCGGAAUCUCAAGGGGGGAAAAUUCAUGGGAGGAGACAAACCAAACUUAGCCGAUUUGUCAAUGUACGGGGUGUUAACAGCAAUGGAAGGCACAGAAGCGUUUAGAGAUAUGCUGUCACACACCAAAAUGAAACCUUGGUUCGAAAGAACGAAGACAGCAGUGAAUGGACACGCAGGGGCUAAUCGGGUUCGAGAGUGAAGUAGUAUCCGAAAUACAGACAAUUAAAAUGUUCAAAGCUCAACUAACCUCGAGUAUAACGAGAGAAGACUUAUCCAGAGGCUGGCAGGGCUGUUUUACCACUCUGUUGAAAACAAAUUAUUUAUAAUGUGUUAUGCUUGUUUUUAUGGACGUCAACAGAUCGAUGAAGAGUGACAGAUGUUUACUAUUAUGUGAUGACUGAGCAAAUGUGUGAGGAUGUUUGAGAAAGUGAUAAUUUGUAAUGAAUUGUGUGUUUUAUUUCAUAAUGAGAAAUAGAAUUAAUAAACAAUUAAGACUGAA